AUGAGUUCAUUCAAUGACAAGGUUGGCAGCGAUCAGAAUGCAACAGAGAACAAUAAUAAUAUUGCCAUUGGAAGUGGUAGCUCCGAUGACAUUGUUGAGAAAAAGGCAGAUGAACAACAACAGCAACAGCCCACUCUAUGUCUAAGUAACUGUGGAUUCUACGGUAAUCCAAAUACAAGAGGAUUAUGUUCAAGUUGUUAUACAAAGGAGGUUAAGAAAGAACAAGAUCAUCUGCAAUCACAAUCAUUACAAACUACAACAGAGAUGUCAACAACAUCACCAAAGGUGUCAACACCAACACUGACGGUGACGUCACCGUCGUCAGCAGAGAGAUCUAGGGGAACUAAGCGAUCAAUUUAUGAAGCAGCCAUCUAUCAGGAGACCGACACGUCGGUGCUCUCCACUUCACCGGCUUCGUCGUCGUACAUGUCAAACUCAUCGGUCGUGCUGACGCCGACAAAGGCCGCGUCAGAGGUGUCGUCGCCGUCGGUGGCAGGCAUCUCCUCGCCCUCACUACUGCACAUGCCAUCGUCCCCAAUCACACAAGCACCACUGUCGCCGUCGGGCUCGAUGAAGUGCGGCAUCGAGGGCUGCGGAAAGAAGAUCCUGUCUACGGGCGUAAUGAGCGAGUCCAACCGAUGUCGAUGCGGCGGCAUCUACUGCGGCAAGCACAUGCACAACCACGACUGCACCUUUGACUAUAAAUCCCAGGCCAAGAACGAGAUUGCCAAGGCCAAUCCACAGAUCAUGGCCAACAAGAUUGUUAAGCUU